AUGGAACUCGAUGACAAGCUGAAGCAUGGUCCGGGGCCUGACCCAACGCUCACUAAAUGUCGACUACGCACAUAUCAUCCCGCAGCCAGCACGUUUCUGGAUCUAGUUGAUGAUCCAACUGGACACGAGUGGCAAGGCGCGCAGAGGUUCAAAUUGCGAGCAGGAACUCGUAAAGCCUCAACCAAACUUAUUCAAGAGCCAUCCGACUUACGUGCCGCGCUUCAGGAAAUACACAGUGUGCCCCCUAUCACCGAUUGGCCGGCUGCUCAAUACGUCAACGAUACAGACCAGCAACUCGAUGCAAUUUAUCAGUUGAUGAAUCCUCCUUCACAUCUCGGGAAUGUUGAAUUGUGGAACAACGACCGCACGACCCUCUGGGAGGGAGGUGCGCAUGGGUCGGAUGCGCCUUUAACACAUAUAUCUCGACGCAAGCGUCUCGACAUCGCUCUUGAGAGCAUGAAAAAUCGUAGAUUGCGGUCACGAUCCCAGCUCAAGCCAAACCGCUUUUAUGAGGAUCGAAUCACCAUUCCACAAGGAGCAAAACACGCACAAAAGCGUACAUAUUCAAAAGCAACCGACUUUAAGCGUAAAGCCAUCCAGCUUCUCAUCAAAGGAAAGAUUUGUUCCGCACGGCCAGACACAGGGUCAGAUCGGAACAUCAUAACAGAAGCAUUCGCAAAGGAACACAACAUCAAGAUCCAGCAACGAGAAGAGGACAAAGACGUGUUUGUUGUAGGCAAUGGCCAAUAUACCAGAUCUGUCGGCAAAGCACUUGUUUCUUGUGCACUUUUUGGAGGCUCCGAGUCCGAACAGUCUCUCUGGUUCCACGUGAUGGCCAAGUGCUCGGCGCCGAUUAUCAUGGGCCGAGAAUUCCUUCGAAAGAUACGCUUGUACACUGAAAAUACGCACCUAUUGGUAGAUUAACCCUUGUCGUUUGGAAGAUUCCCAAGCUUCAAGUGGAUCGGAUCGCCGAAAGGAACGAUGGAGUUCUCAGCAGAUGGGAGUCCCUUGAUAGCGGGUGUUGACACAGGAUCCGACCUUGACUUGAUGUCCGUUGGCUGUGCGCUGAAGAACAACUUCCCCAUCGACAGGAGUAGACGAACACAGGUCUUGCUAGCAGACGAGAGUGUUGUUGAAACAGUUGGCCAAGUCAACAUAGAAUCCAUCCAGCUCCCCGGCUUCGACAACUUCGAAAUGUC